AUGCCCAACGUUCUUAUCCUCGGCGGCUCUGGAUAUCUCGGCACGGCCAUUGCCCAGGCACUCCUCCGCUCGGGCAACUAUGCUGUGUGGGGGACGGCCCGCUCCGCCGCCAAGGCCAUACAGCUCCGCGCCAACGAAGUGACGCCUGUUGAGACGGUCGAUCUCGGUGACCCGCAGACGCUUGUCAAGGCCAUAGACGCGUACCACAUUGACGCCGUCAUCGACGCUUCGUCGGCAUACGAGCAGGGAGCGGAUGUGCUGAAAGCCAUCAUUUCAGCAGCAACGGCGCGCGCAGAAGCUCUUGCCAAGGACAAUGCCGUCGGCCCCAAGCUCGCCUUUCUCUACACUUCGGGGGUGUGGAUCCAUGGUUCGCCGUCGCGUCGUCUCAGCGACCUGACGCCCCCAGGCACUUCGCUCUCGCCUGGCAAGUCCGCUACGGCUGUCGCUUGGCGUCCCGCUCAUGAGCAAGCCAUCUUGGCCGCUCGCGACGUUCUCGAUGUUGCCAUCCUUCGUCCGGCUACCAUCUACGGCCGCAGCUCCUGGGUGUUUAGUACGUGGUGGGACCCUUUGCUAGCGGCCGCCCAGAGUGGUUCACGUGACGCCAUCAAGAUCCCUGCAGAUAAGGGUGCACGAACGGGUGUUGUGCACGUCGAAGACUUGGCUGUGGCGUACCUGAGCACUCUUAGCCUCAUUCAUGGCCAGCUGGGAUCCUGGCCCGUGUUCGACCUCGUAACAGAGAAUCUGUCCAUCGUCGACAUGCUCGAGGCAGCCAAGGCGGCCCUGGGUGUCGAGGCGGAGCUUAAGUAUGAGGGUACCCACGGCAACCCCUUCUUGGAGGCGUUGAGCCUGGUUGCCAAUAAUGACUCCAGCCGUGCGAAGCUGGUGCUGGGAUGGGUGCCCAAAAAGGUUGAUUUCGUGCCCAAUAUGGCUGUGUACGUGGAGGCUUGGAGGACCACCGAGGAGAUGAAGCCCAAGGCUUGA